AUGACCGCGUCUCAAGACGAAAUCGUCGCUCUAGCGGCCGGAGCCUCGACGGGGAUUAUUGCGGACGUGAUUCUUUUUCCUUUAGAUUUUCUCAAGACGCAUGCUCAGGGCAAAACUCCGUCUUCUGCCACAGCGGCCGCUCCUCCUGCAGCUAAUAGUGUGGCUAGAGGGUUAAUAGGCAGGGCAGAUGGCGCCUCAGGUUCUGUGGCAUCGUCGGGUCAUACUUCGGCCUUGCCCCAAUCCAAGUCACCGACACCAUGCAAGUCUUUAGAUGCUGUGCGUCAGUGCGGGAGGCCCAGUGGCUUGAGUGCAUGCUACAGAGGGAUUGCAGCCCUGGCGAUGGGGAGCAUGCCUUCCUCUGCUGGGUUCUUCUUGGUCUAUGAAGUGGCGAAGGUCAAGCUAAAAUCACUAGAUUCUUGCUCGUCACACACGAUGACGCACAUCCUGGCCGCUGCAGUAGCGGAGGCGAGUGCUUGCGUCAUUCGCAAUCCUUUCGAGGUUGUGAAGCAGCAGGUACAACUAGGCCUGUAUGAAUCCACUCCCGAAGGCUUUGCCGCUGUAUGGCGGCAUGGAGGAACCCGCGGAUUUUUUGUGGGCAUGGGCGCAUCCAUGCUUCGAGACGUGCCUUUUGCCGCACUCCAGCUUUCUAUUUGGGAAUGGAUGAAAUUGAAGACUCUCGGGGAAAGCCCACCUCAUACCCGCUUUUCUACGGUGGUUUCUGGAGCGGCAGGAAUGGUUUCAGGGGCAAUAGCUGCUCUAGUAACUACGCCAAUGGAUGUAGCGAAGACAAGGCUGAUGACUCAGAAACCAGGGACUCAGCAGUACCGAGGCCUCUGCCAUUGCCUGCGCAUAAUGCUGCGGAAUGAGGGCAUCUCGUCGUUGUUCCUUGGGGUUAAAAUGCGUUGCCUAUGGGUUGCACUCGGGGGUGGCAUCUUCCUUGGGGGCUACGACGCGUUUAAGGCCUGCUAUGGCCAGCUCUUUGAGCGUUACAAUCUUUUUGAAAAGCGGCCUUGCGGAGACUGCUCGCAACUUGUGGGAAUUUCACAGCCGUCGUGCGAGCUGGCCAGCAGAUCCCCUGAUGCCCCCAAUUAA